AUGGCGCAUCAGUAUCCAGAUAAGCGGCCGAGCGAGGUGUUAAGCGAGAUUCUGCGCGAGAUCCCAGUGAUACAAUGGGAGUUUCUAGAGAAUGAAGCCGAGGACCGCUGGCUACCCUACACGCUUUUGGCAAGCCAAGAUCUUGAACAUGCCUACAGCUGUUUCAAGAGCAAAUGUUUCAUCAGUUUCAGGCAACAUCGGUACGAGGUGAAUCUCCGCCAGCUCACUCAGAGGAAUUGGAAUACGGGCACUGUUCGACGGAUACGGAGACGAGAAGCAGUGGACUUGCCCGCCCUGUCGGCUGCAUCCCAAGAGAUGCUGGAUCUGCUAGAAUUCAACAUCCAAAGCCGCAAAAGACUGAAGACUGAGAACGACGCGCUGAAAGUGUCGAACGACACACUGCAGACCUCGCACGCUGACUUGACACGGCAGUUGGACAAGGAACGGUGGGAGCGGGAUCUAGGCUUGCAGGUGGAGAGAGUUAUGUGCGAUGCUGAGAAGAGAGGCCUUCAGCAACAGCUGAGUCGGCAGAUCCUGUCGCAGCUUCCCGAUUGGUCGACGCUGUGCACGGACUACAUGCAACGUGCACUUAAGCGGUAUGAUCCAAAGUUCACUGCGCUCCGUGACUACUUCUUGCAAUCAAUGGCGUCGCAUCGAAGGAGCUCUCAGUCGGGCCAGUGGUGUCCGCGACCUGAUGUAGAAGUCACGGACAUCGUAGAAGUUGUGAACUGCAACAAGCAGCGUGCGUAUGAGACCGCGCGUGGCGGCGAAGUUCUGCAUCGCAACUCGCACUCAUGCUGUGCGAUUCCGGGAGUCACCGCCUUCAAGUGCACCGUAGAGGAUGGUUGCAGGGAUUUGAACGAGUAUCUACUAUUUCAUGGCUGUCCCCGGCAUCGGGUUGACGAUAUCGCGCGACGCGGCAUUGAUCCACAGCGUGGAGGCGAAACUACUGGCUCACUUUUCGGGAGAGGUGCCUACUUCGCACAGAACGCAUCCAAGUCUGAUCUCUACACAACGUGCCACGAGUGUCAUGGCAAUGCCAAUUACACAGAUUGCCGCCACGCAGAAGGCGAGCGUUGCAUUUUUGCUGUGAGAGUCAUGCUCGGGGAGACAUGGCUUGCGAAAACACAGGGCCUUAGCCAGACAAUCCGCGCGCCUGAGCGUUCCAAUGGUGAUCCUUUUGAUUCAAUUGCGGCUGUGACCAAGAAAAAUGGGGGCAUAGUUGAUCAUAUGGAGUUUGUCAUCUUUGACCGGCAGCUUUCACUGGUCCGCUACCUGUUCUACUACCGGCACAAGACUGCCUGCCAGUGCCAUAACUGCCAGCAUCGAAGGACUGCUUAA